UCGUUCAUCAUGGCGGUGUUUUCGUCUCUUACUCCGGUGUUCGUGGCGGUUUUGUGUGUGAUUAUCGGGUUUCUCUUCAAAAGCUCCCAGAGAAGAGAGACAAGAUCAAAGCAGGAGCGUUCAGAUCAGACAGCCAGACCAUGGGUGGACGAGGAUCUGCAGGAUGAUACAGAAAUCAGCAGUAAACACAACGAGGAUGAUGAUGAUUGGCUAGACACAACAGAGGAAGAGAACUUACCCCAUAUCCCAUACACCCCAAUUCAGUAUUCUGCUACUGAGAUGCUGGAACGAUCUGAAAAGUUCUACUCGCUCAUGAAUCUGAGACGUUCUGUCCGCUUCGUCAGUCCAGAUCCGGUACCAAAACAAGUGAUUGACAAUGUCAUACGCACUGCAGGCACUGCACCUAGUGGAGCUCACACUGAGCCCUGGACGUUUGUGGUGGUGUCUGAUGCAGAUGUCAAACACAAGAUCAGAGAGAUCAUUGAGGAGGAGGAGGAGAUCAACUACAAGCAAAGGAUGGGAGACAAGUGGGUCCAUGACCUGAAGAAACUGAGGACAAACUGGGUGAAGGAGUAUUUGGAUGUGGCUCCAUAUCUGAUUCUAGUGUUUAAGCAGACCUAUGGAAUUCUGCCCAAUAGCAAGAAAAAGACUCACUAUUACAAUGAAAUCAGCGUGUCCAUUUCCUGUGGCAUUCUGCUGGCUGCCCUGCAGAAUGUUGGGCUGGUUACCGUGACGACGACUCCUCUGAACUGCGGUCCACAGCUCAGGUCCCUCCUCCAGCGACCGGCCAAUCCAGCCACGCGGAAAAUCCCGGCCAAUGAGGAAGGAGAAUGA